AUGCCAUUCGGAAUUCUCGAAGACACGAAAUUGGAGCAUAUUCCCGGAACAGCUCCACUCCAUGGCCACUCCGAGACAGACAAUUAUUCCGGCAUCGACCCUGGUCUACUCAAGUACGAUCGCACGGGCAAGAUAGUACUCGUGCCCCAGCCAUCUGACUCGCCCAACGAUCCAUACAACUGGUCCCGAACAAAAAAGGAGCUCUUCACAAUUGCCUACGGAUGGGGCUGUGGGUGUGUCGGGGCGGUCGGUCCUCUGCUUGGGGGUGCAUUCGUUCCUCUAGCAGCUCAAUUUGACGUCUCGUUGACAACCUUCAUUUCUGCCGUGCAGGGUGGCGCUAUUGCCGCGAUCGCAGUGGGGAGUCUGAUAUUCAAUUCUUUGGCUGUAAAAUACGGAAAACGCCCUGUGUAUUUGGGCACUACGCUCGGUUUGAUGGUUUCGUGUUUUUGGGCCGCUGAAGCCAAAAGCUUUGAGUCUUUUGUUGCCUCGAGAGUUUUUUGUGGAUUGUGUAUGGCACCCUUGGAGGCUUUGGUUCCAGCAUCCAUAUCGGAUAUCUGGUUUGUGCAUGAGCGAGGAUUUCGAACGGCGAUAUUCAACCUUGGUGUACUGGGUGGUAUCAAUCUUGCAGUUCCAAUCGCCGCUGUCAUCAUACAGUAUGCUUCGUAUCACGAGGCAUUAUAUGGUAUGGGAGGAGCUUUCGCACUGGCCUUCAUCUUGGUGUUUUUCUGGAUGCCUGAGUCUGCUUUCAAGCGAGAAGCUUUGAAUAUUGACACUGGGGAAUCACAGGUGGUUAUUGAAGGCAAAGCGAGUCUCAAACAGCUCGAGCAUACACCGAGCACAACCCCUACAUCGACCGAAGCCCGCGCCUCAUGGCUCAAAGACUUGUUGCCUUAUAGUGGCUAUGUCAACCAUGUCCCAUUCUGGAAUACACUGAUCCGACCGUUCUAUUUACUAGCAUCUCCGCCUGUUCUAUGGGCUGUACUACUGUUCACUACGUGCAUUUCAUGGCUUGUGGGCAUCUCUCUGACUUUAUCGCAAAUUUUCUCGGCGGCUCCGUACAACUUCUCGGUCAUCGGCGUGGGGGCAACCAACCUAUCCUCUUUUGUAGCUUCAGUGCUAGGCACGAUAGUCGCAGGGCCUCUGAUCGAUGGUCUUGUCACCAAGAUGUCUAUGAAAAACGGCGGUAUAUUUGAACCCGAAUUCCGUCUCCCAAUCAUGGUAACGUAUCUGCUCUUUACAUCAACAGGCUUCUUUGCCUGGGGUCAAUCCUCAGCUGCACAAUAUCCCUGGCCCAUACCCGUGAUUGUCUGUCUAGGGUUGAUCAACUUUGGGGUCCAGCUUGGAACUACUGGUGUGGUUACAUAUGUGGUAGACUGUCAUCGUGAAAAGGCUGGAGAGGCCUUUGCGGCGAUGAACUUUGUUAAGAACAUGUUUGCCUUUGGCCUCUCUUUCUAUAUCAAUGAUUGGAUUUCCAACCAAGGGGUUCGCAACUGCUUUUUCACAAUUGGCGGGAUCACUAUGGGUAUUACCCUUUUCACAAUUCCGAUGUACAUAUUUGGAAAGCGAGCUCGAAGCUGGGUUCAUCGGAGUGGAGUGGCCGACCGACUGUGA